GCCUUCCCAUGAAAUUUUUGGCACGGGGCUUGGCACGAGGUGUUGUCAGUGGAGACCUAAGGGGGCGGCGGCAUUUUACUUUCGGGUGCCGGAGGAAGAGGAUAGGCCCGAUAGGCCGUUCUUGGAGGAAAGAGGGUUUUGUGUUUACACGCUUGGGCGCAGAGCGCGCAAACUCCGCGAAUCCUGGAGUCUUCUGGGCCUUCUCAGUCUCCUCGCACCUUGACCUGUUACAUAAGCAGGCUCUUCCGUUCUGGCACGGCUCGUCUGAGUGCCGGGGUAGCUGGCUGCCUUAUUCUUGCAUAUCUUUUAGCUGGUGAUAGUGAACCAAAAGAUUUAAACAUGAAUCUUUCAAAACUUGCUGCUACACAGCUGAAGAGUGUGGCCACAGGGGAGACAGUGACACUGGGCUCACUGUGGGCUGACCAGCCCACUGUGGUGACCUUCCUGCGCCGCUUUGGAUGAGUGUUCUGUCGGCUGGGGGCCAAGGACCUGAGUGCCUUGCACCCCCAGCUCAAGGAGAACGGCGUCCGCCUGGUGGGCGUCGGUCUCGAGGAGCUCGGUGUGGAGGAGUUUGUUGAAGGACAGUAUUUCUUAGGAGACCUCUUCAUUGACCUGAAACAGGAGAGCUACAAGGAGAUGAAUAUGAAGCGCCACAGCUACUUCAGCAUCUGGCCCAGCGUGUUCGGGAAGAAGGGACGCGACGCCACCAGCCGGGCCAAGACGAUGUCGAUCUCCGGAAACCUGAAGGGCGACGGCUUCCUGAUGGGCGGCACGAUCGUAGUCAACAAGGGCGGCACCGAGACGCUGCUGCAGUUCAAACAGGACGGCCCGGCCGACCACGUCGAGAACAGUGCCAUUCUCAAGGCUCUGGGCAUCUCCGGCGGAGACGCGGCGUCGCCACCGCCGGCCGCCGACGGCGACAAGCCCAAGGUGACCUGCACGGAGGACGUGUGCACGCGCUCCUAGACUGCCGACAGAGCCGGGAGGUGAGGGGGUGGGGCGCGCGGGCCGGACGGCCGGCCGUCGGCUCCGACGAUCGGGCGAAUGACGACGCCGACGCAAAGUCCCAGCGGACCGGUCGGUGUCUGAGGUGUGUCUGAUCGGAGGGUCACCGGCGGGCGUCUGUCCCGCUCCGCUGCCCCACUUCGCCCCUGCCGUGCAUCGGACAGUCUAAAGGGAUGUCUGAAGAUUCCUGGUCUUUAUAAUGUUAUCCGUAUCUCGUCUAUGGUUUGCCGACGGGUUGGUUCGACUCGUUCGGCCGCUGGUGAAGUCUCGAAGUCUCCAUCGCUGCCUCUGGGAACGCCGCACGGCGCUUUCUAUCGAACGAACGACACCGGCGCUGACUCGCCAGAACUGUGUGUGAUGUUCUGUGAUGUACUCGUGUCCACUGCGGCUCUCUCGCUCUCUCCGCGCGUCCCUCCACUGCUCUGCUCUCUCGCUCGCCGCCCUCCCGGCUUGCUGUCUGUGUGAGAUGCGGCAGGGUGGCUUCAAGCGCCACAGACCGGCGCCACGCAAGCGCAGCUAACUGAAUUCCACCCCUUCGGGUGCGCAGAAAACUGAUAUAAUCACGUGCACCUUAUCAACUGAGUGAUAGAGACCAAACACAUGUAUGCCUUCGCUUUGCCCAGUUGAGUUCGCUUGACUGGGAAUGGAGAUAAACGUCGAAUAUUUUGUUAUUGUUUAAUGAUGCGUCAAUACAAGUGGGACUGCUU